AGGUUCAUGCUACGAGUGUGGCAACGCGUGCAGAAUGCACUCGACGCGGCUAUGGGCUUGGGGCCCAGAUUUCCACCAAUUGCGCCAGCGGUAGCGAUAGCAGGACCCGAUGCUAUCACAAGAAGUACUGGCGACUCGUACAGUAUCCAGGAUAUGAUCAAUGAUAUGCGGAUAUUGUUGGGUGUACCGAAACGCAAGACGCCGAAACCCAAGAAAAUAACUCGAAAAUUUUCCUAUACCCGGUUGUUGUCUCUCGUCAAAAAUCUUGUGACAUGUCCGUCGUGUGGGCAUUAUCAUCAAGCAGAUACUAUUUGUGGGCAUUGCUAUGAGAAGGUUCAUCAACUCACCAACGAGAUUAAGCGAAAGAUGAUGUCGUACAAUCCAUACAAAGGCGAAAAACAAGACAAAGAGGUUUAUGUGAAAUUCGCCAACGAUGAAGUAGGUAACGGUGUACUUCAUGGAAAACGAAUAAUAGAAAUGGAAAAGGAACGGCCUACCUGGUUUAAAAAACUCUUCUAGGCAUCAAGUGAUAUAGGAAAACGAAAAUAUGA